UUACGUGAGUCAAAAUCGGCUUGCUUAUCUCUCGAAAAGGAGCUGGAGUUGGCCAAGAUCCAGGUUUCUAGUCUUGAAGCUGUGCUUAAGAUUCAGGAACAACAGCUUUGCCGUUCUGUUUCUACUGAAAUGGCUGCGACUUCAAAAGUUACAUCUCUGACGAAAGCUGAGGAUCUCUUUGUUCGUCGAUCACUUCCCUUUAUAACGCAGUACAAUUCUACGAAAUCCCCAUCUUCUACUCUGACCGGCUUGCUGACUGCCUGGCGUAAUCAGGUGCUCCGACUGCUCGUACAACGUGAGGUGGCUGCACUGGCAGCCCAUCAACAUCAGGCUAAUGAAAGACUACUUCGUGAGUCCGUGGAAAUUGCGAAACUCACUGACAAUGCCGACUACGAUGCCGGCGAAGCGUUUGGGAAUGUACCCCGUCCACGGUUCAACUUUGAAAAUGAUCAUGCAGACAAUGAACUCCGGACCAAGUGCGUUCCUCUAAGUCUUCCUACCAAUAUUACCAAGUUUGCCGAAUCUCGCGUUGCUCAACUAACUACUCAGCUAUCGACUAUGCGCGACGAUAUGCGAUGUUUGAAGUCCGCUUGCAACUCCCUUUACAAGGAGACCUUUAUGGGACUUGAUACGCUGAUGCGCCAGCUCGGACUGGCUGGCUUGAUGCAGAAGCCCUCUAUGGAGUCAAGCGACAGACGGAACACUAAUCAAAACGCUAUUAAACCCGACCUUAAACAGUCACAAGACAGAGCCCGAGUCCACCUCAGAAUGGCACAUCCUACCCAUGCUGAAACAGAAUGUCAAUCUGAAUCGGAAACAGACAAUUUACCGAAUCCUGGUUCAACUCCAUCGGUAGUGAGCAAUUUGCUAAGUCUCUCUAGGCUAGGGCAUAUAUCUUAUUCACAACAGACCCCUUUUAUGUCGCUAGUUUUGCACAGGCUUCGUGAGCUCGAUCGUCGACUAGCUUUUGCCUGCCAACGCCUUCCUAUGCUCAGUAUCCAAAUGGCCAGAUAUCGCCGCAACUCAGCCAUGGCAGCAAUCUCAGCCAAUGGGGACUUCAUCUCACGGUCCUCACGAGCCUGCCAAACGGUUGAAUCGUCUUCUCCUAAUAUUAUGGAAUCCUUGUACGGCUGGCAUUCAGAAACAGAUAAUGUGGUCAGUGGAUUAGGACCAUUGGCUUUUGAGGAACUUAAGUCGAUUGCUCGUCAAGCUGAACUAGAGGCAGCCAAGGCGGCAAGAGAACGCGAGAUUGCCAUAAGGCAGUUGGAAGUAGAUACCAAAACUUUUAAUGAACGCGUAGAUGCUGUUCGCGCUAGUGGUGAGUCUCGUUAA